CGUAACUUCUAGUGAAUGAAAGGGGAGAAGGGGGUUCACGCCUGCUCCGUCCAAGACAGGCGCUCAGCCACCGGACACUCUGGGGACCAUGACCUUGGACUGUAUGGAGCUGCAGACGGACAUUGAUGCGGAGGGACAGACAGAUAACGGAGAUGUGAGGAACACAUGUGUGUCACUGUUCAGUAACACGAAUGCAGACUUGGAGCAGAGCGCGUCCCCCCCUACUCCUCGGCUGCGGGCGGAUGGAGGCUUCUCUGUGCGUCUGCAGCGCGGUGCCGGCUGGGGCGGGUCUUCGGUAAAGCCCCCCUACUCGUACAUCGCUCUCAUCACCAUGGCCAUCCUGCAGAGCCCAGAGAAGAGGCUGACCCUCAGCGAGAUAUGCGAUUUUAUCAGCCAGCGCUUCGCUUAUUAUCGGGAAAAGUUCCCCGCGUGGCAGAACUCCAUCCGACACAACUUGUCUCUGAACGACUGCUUCGUGAAAAUGCCCAGGGAGCCUGGGAAUCCCGGGAAGGGAAACUACUGGACCCUGGAUCCCAUGUCCUCAGAUAUGUUUGAGAAUGGGAGUUUUCUUCGGCGAAGGAAACGCUUCAAGAGACGACACUUCCAUUUGGAAACGGUGAAGGAGUCCGAGGCCCCAGAGCGUAUCAGCCGCAUGUCCGUGUUUCCUCUACUCGGAGCGCACAGGAUGGGUUCUUGUCUCCAGGGUCUUGAUCUGGACAUAGGUUUAAGUCCCCUCACUAGUCCGAGCCUCCCACCUGUGAGCCGGAUUAUACCUGAGCUCUCCUCGCUUCUCUCCAAGAGUUUGUCCUCAUCUUCAACCUUUGAACAUCUCCACCCGGGACGCUGCGCCCUCGUCGCACCUCUGCCUCCAAACUUCAUGCCUCCUGUCUCGCUGCACGGAUUCAUACCCAACUACCCUGUUACGCAGUUAUCCACUGUUCCUCUGAGCAUCUUUAAACAUUUCGUCUAAUUUGAUUUGAUUCGAUGAUCCAAUGAUGCCCCUGAAUGUCUGAACUCACAGAGAACUGAACUGAAUCUUCUUCCGUGCAACUCAUGGUACUUUAUAUAAAUAUAACUCAGUGACGGUGACCUAAACGUACAAAUAGGCCAAUGUAUGUGCGCGUUUGCUUGAAGCAAAUGAUGCUGAAUAAAUGAUAUUUCACGGCUCUUAUAAGGUUUGGAAUAAA